AUUGAUUCGGAGGGUAUACGUCACAACGAUGGUCGACAAUGGACGCUGUGACUCGUGAACGAUCCGUCCGCGAGCGAUUGUUUAUCAUCGCCUCGUUGUCGUAGUUAUUUCAACGUUGUUAAUUCGUGCUGCUGCAAAGUCGGGAACCGUGCGUGCCGGUGCUGUGAUCGCGUCGGACAAUUCCCGAGCGUGCUUCGGUGUGAAGUGUAUCAGUGAAGGGACAAAGGGUGUCACGUAAGUGUGUGCCGAGCCCUCGGGAGGACUCGUCAGAAAAAAAGAAACGAAAAAAUAUUGCGAGAACUUUCGAGGAAAAGAGAGAGAGAGCAUAUAACGACAAGAAUUCUGUAUUUAGUGGUUUAAACUGCACUUUGCGACGAACUUUUCUAGAUAUAUUAAAAAUAAAAAAAGAGCGCAAAAAAAAAAGAAAGAAAAAAAGAGGAGUAAGACCGACUAAACAUUCUCCCGACGGACUCUUGACGUGUUUGACGUAAAGUAAAAACGGUUGUCACGCUGUAAGAUCUGUCCAUAAGUAAACCUCUGCUUGCGGAAGGAGUGUGCAUAGAGGAUAAAUAACUAGGACGAGGCGAUCCGGAUUAAAAAAAAAAGUUUCUCCGUGCUUUCAGAGACUCCAUAGAACCGGCGUCCUCUGUGCGAGUUUGCUCUGUGUUACCGCAAAAAAAAAAAAAAAAUGUUGCCAUAAUAAUCUCAAGGACUGUUCAUAAAAAAAAGUCGUAGUUUAUAUUCCGUCCAGAUCCUCCGGUCGGCCGAGCUCUUCGAAAUCGUGCCCGAGUCCGGCCAUGUGUCCCUGUCGGUUUGUGUUAGGCGUAGCCGCUUUAACAGAGAGUAUUCGGGACAGUGUGGACUUUCCGCUCGAUUCGGAAUCCCCGAACUAUUCUCGCUGUACACUAUAUAGUCCCUUGCUACCGCAUUAUUGUCGUAAGAUGUACGAGAAACGACGCCUGAAUCGGCGACAGCGGGGAACAAUCCGGGCAGUUGACCAUGGACAGCAACACGGAUGGCGACAACCUGAAUCUCAGCUCUGGCGAGAACGACAACGGCGACGAACUACGGAUCGCCGCGGACGAGACGUAUGACACCCGCAGCGAGGUCUCCUCCAGCAGCUCCAACUCCGACAGCUCCACUACCCAUCCCACCAUCAGUUCAGUCUCAAGCAAGUCCUCGCGUGGUGACAAUAAGCGCAGCAGAAGGAACAGGAGCAAACGAGGCAGAUCCAGGGACUCCAAGUCGUCCAGUCCUGAGCCGAAGCGGGCUAGGUCCAAGGACAGCAAAGGCACUACCAAGAACUACGACUACACUACCAAGUUGAAUUAUUUGUUUAGAGAUGCAAGAUUUUUCAUCAUCAAGUCUAAUAAUGCUGAGAACGUGACACUGUCUAAAGCCAAAGGAGUAUGGAGCACACUGCCGCAAAAUGAAGCAAAUCUUAAUCAAGCCUACAGGGAAUCGCGAAAUGUUUUGCUGGUAUUUUCUGUGAAGGAAUCGGGCAAGUUCGCUGGCUUUGCGAGACUUUGUACAGAAUCGAGACGAGAUGCUGGUCCAGUCUCUUGGGUUUUACCUCCUGGCUUGUCAGCAAAGGCUUUAGGUGGCGUAUUUAAAGUUGACUGGAUCUGCAGGAAGGAAUUGCCUUUUACUGCUACGUUACACUUGUACAAUCCUUGGAAUGACGGUAAACAAGUCAAGAUCGGUCGAGACGGCCAGGAAAUCGAACCCAGAGUCGCUGAAGAAUUGUGCAGAUUAUUUCCAGAAGACGAAGGAAUCGAAAUGACGCCUAUCUUGCGAAAAUCCAAGGAAGCAGGGAAACACGUUGUAAAAUCAACGCGUUAUCGCGAUAAAAGACCUAUAGGCAGUUUUAGAUUUUUACGAAGAGGUGGACGAGGGCGCAAAUUAUUCUUGACCUCGAGAUCACGUUUAGCAUCACUGGCCAGAUCUCAGGAUGUUACAGGAAAUCAUAGGAGUUCCAGGGAUCAUUCUUAUCGGUACACGCCAUGGUUUAAUCGAGGCGAUUCACCUUACACAAAGGGUUACGGAACUGGAUUGGGUGUUGCUGCGGUUGCAGAAGCUUAUGUGGCAGAUUACAUGCGUACUAUGCAACAUCAAUUGCCUCCAUUACCGCCUUAUCCACAUCCAUACGAUAAUUUGCCACCACCACCCCCACCUCCACGAUAUUACGAUGGUCUACCAUUGCCUCCAGAUUACAACGCUACAGUGUCGGCACUAGAGAAACGUAGCUACGAAAGGAGUGUCGAUGAAUUCCUAUGGAGGACAGCCAGUCGUCACAGUCGGCACAGCAAUCAUCGUUCUUCUCGCGACCAUCACAGAUAUAGAGAUCGCAGAUAAAGAUCUCGACUUUAGUGUUCCCCUUGAAAAUCCGUCGGUUCCCAAAUCCUUCAUUAGUAAUGAUAGAAUUGGAGAUGGAAUUUCAUUGAUGAAAUUGAUGAGAAAUUGAGCUAUAACAUAUCAUUUAUGUAUAUUUCACUUUGAGUACUUCUAAAUAA